AUGGCCUCCCUUGCUGCAGUGAAUGCAGACUUCGGCUUCAACCUCUUCCGAGAGAUGGAUAGCAAUCACGGAGGUGGAAAUGUGUUCUUUUCCUCUCUCAGCAUCUUCACAGCCCUGGCCGUGGUCCGCUUGGGGGCGCGGGGUGACUGUGCUGCUCAGAUGGACAAGGUCCUCCGCAUCAGUAGAAUCUCAGGACACGGAGACUCUUCUAAUGCUCAGCAAGGACUCCAAUCUCAACUGCAUAGACUUCUCUCUGAUAUAAACACAUCCCACAAAGGUUACGAACUCAGCAUGGCCAAUGGCGUUUUCGCAGAAAAAGUGUUUGACCUUCAUGAGGACUAUAUUAAGUGUGCUGAGAAAUUAUACCAUGCCAAAGUGGAACGGGUUGACUUUACAAAUGCUUUACAAGACAGCAAAUAUAAAAUGAAUAAAUGGGUUGAAAAUGAGACACACGGCAAGAUCAAGAAUGUCAUCGGCGACGAGAGCUUCAGCUCGUCCGCGGUGAUGGUGCUGGUGAACGCCGUGUACUUCAAGGGCCAGUGGGAGUCUGCCUUCCCGAAGGGGGACACCAUGCGCUGCCCCUUCAAGUCUCCCCAGUGUCCUGGGAAAAUAGUUGCCAUGAUGUAUCAAGAGCGGAUGUUCAAUCUGUCCGUCAUUCAGGACCCAAACAUGCAAGUUCUUGAACUCAGAUAUCAUGGGGGAGUAAGCAUGUACGUAAUGCUACCUGAGAGUGACCUCUCCCAGGUUGAAAACCAACUGACUUUUGAGAACCUAAUGAAAUGGACCAAUCCACGAAAAAUGAGCCACCGGUACGUCAAAGUGUUUCUUCCUCAGUUCAAGAUAGAGAAGGAGUAUGAAAUCAAACGGCAUUUGAAAGCCCUGGGGCUGAGAGACAUCUUCGAGGAGUCCCGAGCUGAUUUCUCGGGCAUAGAGUCAGGGGGCCGCCUCUAUAUGUCGAAGCUGAUGCACAAGUCACACAUCGAGGUGGACGAGGACGGCACGGAGGCGGCCGCCGUCUCCGGGAACAGCAUCGUGGAGAAGCUGCUCCCCGAGUCGACAGUGUUCAGAGCUGAUCACCCAUUCUUGUUUGUCAUCAGGAAGAAUGACAUCAUCUUGUUCAAUGGCAAAGUCUCUUGCCCUUGACCAUCCCAUUGGUUUCCCUUAUGAUAGUCCCAUCAACGUCAAGGAACCGCCGCCAGUGAAUAGAUAUAGUGUAAUGGGAAGCAUGUGGUGUUUCCUUCCGUUCACUUUUUUUUUUAACAUUGGUCAGCGAUGAUUUUGGUGACUCGACUCUUCUCAGACACCUGGUGGAUUAUCCCGAUCUUGCUCUUAGCAUUUCUGCCACCGUCUGCCUCACCUGUUUAUAAAGUCAGUGUCUUUCUGCCCACUCUCACUUCUACCAGUCUGCCCCACAGCUGCGUAGGCGCGCAUCUGGGCCUGACAUCUGGGAACGGUGGCCGUGUCCUCCACUGGUCAUGGCAACAGGGAAACAGCCCUAGAGAUCUUUUCCGAAACUCUAUAGGUAUCACAGAUAGUCUAGUUUUACUGGAAAUGAUCUAAGAAGUAAGCCCAGCUGCUAGAAAUAAGGGUGAGAGAUAAUUUUUCCUUGCUGACCUAAGAAGACAUUUGAGUUGACUUUGAUGUCGAUGUGAAAUCAGUCUCUAAAUGCAAAAAAAAAAAAAAAGGAUUUGGGAUUGGGGCCAACCAAAAUAUUUCAUUAAUACCUUCAAGUGAGCGAAUG